AUGAUUGAUGUUAUCAAAUCAUGCGUGAAUCAAUUUUCAAAUAACUUGCAAUUUAAUUAUGUUAAUCCGAAUGAUAUAUCACAGUUACAUCAAUAUUUUCCAAGUGCUCAUAUUAUUUUUGGUGAACCAUUAACAUUUAUACCUUUUAUAAAUCAAUCUUUUACAACAAAUUUAAAAUGGUUCCAAUCAACGUAUGCUGGUGUUGAUGCCAUCGUGAAAAAAUCAAAAAAUAAUAACUACAUUGUAACACGAGCUCCUGUUUUUGGUCAACAUAUGUCUGAAUAUUGUCUGGGUCACAUUAUUUCGCAUGAACGACAUUUUCCUUUAUUACGUGAAGCACAAUUGAAUAAACAAUGGCUAACAUGUUCUUAUCGAUUGCUAUCCAGUUUACGUGUUGGUAUAAUGGGUGCAAGUGGUGAAAUAGGACAAUCAUUAGCACGUACAUGUAAACAUUUUGGUAUGUACGUUAAAGGAUUAGCUAAUUCACAACAAAACACAAAUGAAUUUGUUGAUAAAUGGUACCAGAGUAUUCCAACAACUGCAACAUUUGGUAUUCCUCGUGAAUUUUUAAUUAAUCUUGACUACUUAAUAUCAACUUUGCCAUCAACAUCACAAACAAAAAAUAUGUUAUCUGGUGACGUCCUGUCAGUAUGUAAUGGUUCAAAUACGGUGUUUAUUAAUAUUGGUAGAGGUGAUAUUAUUGACGAACAAUCAUUAGUCAAUGCAUUAAAUAACAAUUAUAUCACACAUGCUAUUUUAGAUGUAUUUAUUGAUGAACCAUUACCUGUAACAUCUAGAUUAUAUGAUUUAGGUACACACAAGAUACAAAUAACACCACAUAUUAGCGCAUCAAGCUCAGUUGCUUCAUAUGAUAUUGCACAAAUAUUUAUUCGGAAUUUAAAACGAUAUAUAAAUGGUGAAUCAUUGCUGUUUGUUGUAGACUGGAAAAAAGGUUAUUAA